UGGGUCAUCAGGCAUUGAUCGUGGAUCAGGCACCGAGUCAUCUGGCCCGGGCACAGCGGGCAAGACCGGGUCACCAGUCAUGGCGGAACAGCGGGCAGUCAACUGGGUCAGCGGGCAUCGAGGCAUGGCAAGAUUGCACCGAGUCUGGCAAGACUGUGGGCACCGAGCGGGCGGAACUGCGGUCACCAGGUCAACUGACAGCGGGCACUGGUCGUCACCAGUUACAGCCCCGAGUCAACUGGCGGAACAGCGGGCAACCGAGUCAUGGGGCACCGAGGACUGGCGGAACAGCGGGCACCGAGUGGGCGGAAAGCAGGAAUAGAGUCUUCUGGCAAGACUGCGGGCACCGAGUCGUCUGGCGGAACAGCAGGCACUGGGUCGUCUGGCGGAACAGCGGGCACCGAGUCGAUCUGGCGGAACAGCGGGCACCGAGUCAACUGGCGGAACAGCGGGCAACCGAGUCAACUGGCGGAACAACGGG